UUCAAACUGAGCCUCAGCAUCAGGACCAGAGCACUAGAAGAGCAUCAGAAAAAAAUUCUCAGAGCGUUACCGGGCAAGAGCGAGUAUAAUCCAAACGUUUAACUGGACCACCAGUCACUUUUCAUAGCCACCCUUCAUGGAAAUUAAAUAGGGAAAUAAUUUUAAAUCACGUCACUGAAGAAAAGAUCAGCCGAGAUGGCUGAGAUCACGAACAUAAAACCCAGCUUCGAUGUGUCCCCUAUUGUUGCUGGAUUUAUCGGCGCCACUGUUCUUGUGGUUUCUGUAUCAGCAGCAGUCUUCAUCUGGACAUGCUGUCACCAGCGAGCAGACAAAAAACACAAAAACCCUCCAUAUAAGUUCAUCCAUAUGUUGAAAGGGAUCAGCAUCUACCCGGAGACUCUCAGCAAUAAAAAGAAAAUCACACGAAUCAGGAGGGACAAGAACUGCAGCAUUAAGGACAAAUUACGAGGCAACUUGCUCAUAGAUGCUGCUGAAGCUGGCAUAUUAGGAGGCGAAAAGACACCAAGUGAUGUGCUGUCUACACCCAGCACAAACCAGAUGGUCAUGAACUGUGGGGAUGGACUAAGUUCAGAACACAGCCUCACUUCCAGAGAUAGCAAAACACCCACCCCAUCUUCUCCAGAAGACAAUGUCAAACUGGGCAUGCUUUCUUUUUCUGUGGAUUAUAACUUUCCAAAAAAGGCACUUGUAGUGACCAUUCAGGAGGCCAGUGGCCUGCCUGUGAUGGAUGAACACACGCACAGCUCUGAUCCUUAUAUUAAAAUGACCAUCCUACCUGAUAAGAAGCAUAGGGUUAAGACCCGUGUGCUGCGUAAGACCCUGGACCCUGUGUUUGAUGAGACCUUCACUUUUUAUGGGAUCCCUUACAGCCAACUGCAAGACCUUGUACUGCAUUUCCUGAUCUUAAGCUUUGACCGCUUCUCCAGGGAUGACGUCAUAGGAGAAGUCAUGGUACCAUUGGCAGGGGUUGAUCCAAGCACAGGAAAGGUCCAGUUAACCAGGGAUAUUGUCAAAAGGAAUAUUCAGAAAUGUAUCAGUAGAGGGGAGCUGCUGGUUUCCUUGUCCUACCACGUUGUGACACAACGAAUGAGUGUUGUUGUUCUCAAAGCAAAGCAUUUACCCAAAAUGGACAUCACUGGUCUCUCAGGUAAUCCUUAUGUCAAGGUCAAUGUGUAUUAUGGCAGAAAACGAAUAGCCAAAAAGAAGACCCAUGUCAAGAAGUGCACUUUGAACCCUGUCUUCAAUGAGUCCUUCAUUUAUGACAUCCCUGCAGAACUACUGCCUGAUAUCAGCAUCGAGUUCCAGGUCAUCGACUUUGACCGGACCACCAAAAAUGAAGUAGUGGGACGACUCAUCAUUGGAGCACACAGCAUCACAGCUAGUGGAGUAGAGCACUGGCGAGAGGUCUGUGAACAUCCAAGGCGGCAGAUAGCAAAAUGGCACAGCCUGAGUGAAUAUUAGGUAGGGGUGGGGGCUGGGCAAACAGGGAAUGGAAGUGUAAUAACCAAACUUAUUUCUUGGACUUGACUCUUAUUUAAACAACAUAACAUUUUCUUAAGAUCCAGCUGAUUCUUUAGUGACAUCUGAUUUUACAGGGCACUAAAAUUCUGCCAGUUAUCAAAUAAUAAGUAAAAAUGACACACAACAAAGAUGUACAGCAUAUUCACAUUUUUGCAUGCUUGAACGAAGUGGAUAUUAAUGUGAUGUCUACAACCUGCAAGCUCAACAUGAUCUGGAUUUUUUUACUGUUACUAUAGUGGCAAAUUAUGCCCCAUUUUCUUUGCUGGCUUUUUGUAAGCCUGGGCUUUUUGUCAUUAAGGAAGCUGCAAACUGUAGUCCCUAUGAUUUUUGUUUCACUGUUGCUAAAUACCAGACAGUUUUUGUUCCUCUGUCAUUGGAAAUGGACUUAGAAAUCUAGACAUCUGCUGCAAGUCUGGUAAAAUAAGCAAAUAAAAUGGUAGGUAAGUUAAGUAAAUGGUAAAUGGUAAAGGGUAUUGCUUUCAAAGUCUUUUGUUUGUCAUCACAACCUACAGCAUCCAAGCAAGCAGUCAUAAAUCAGUGUGCUGGUAGACGGGAUUGUAGGUAAUAGUAAAACACAAUUUAUCAUAGAAAGCAUAUAUGAAGCGUACAGUAGAUUAUAGGACUAAGCAAAGCAAGGUGCUACUUGAAGUACCAGGCAAUAUUUGUUAGCCAGUACUGUGGAGCCUCAUGUGCAUUGGAAGUGAUUUGGGAGAACACAGUUAGUCUCAUCUUUUAUGCCUCUACUGCCAUCAGAUAGGAGGAAGAAGAAGCAGAGAUGCUUCUACAUGUCCAUUUACUGAUAGUGGGUAUAUUGCUGUAUUGCAAUCAUUUUUGCUUGCCAACCCAACACAAAUCUAUUAUGAUUUCUAGUGGUAUGUAACAGAUUACGAGACCGGAUGAAAUGCUUGAUUCUGUAGUCCUAGGUAUGAGUCUGCUUAGUAUAUUUGUAUGUCAUUGACAGAUGACUACAGUUAAUCUCUCUCUCUCAGUUUUUAUGUGAUUUGCAUGGAGGGAAAUGGAUAUUUUUUAUGUAAAACAGGAGAAAGGUCACCUUACUAUGAUGGUAGAGACUCUGUCUUUAGCAGUCAUGCUGUAGAUUAUACUGUCCCACUACAGGCAUUCAGUGUAGCAGCAUAAAUGGAAAUGUCUGAAAUCAAGGGGGGACUGUAGGAAAGGCUUUUAAAGCCCAACAUGAAAGAAUUAUAAACAGCAUCUGUAAUACAGAACUAAACCAUACUGUAUGAAUAUAGUUUUAUCAUCCCUCCCUUCGAUUGUAAACUGGGUGUCACUUGCAAACUUAAGUAACAUAGGCCUGGGCUAAACCAUUCCAUCCCAUUGUAGCCCCUUCCUGUGUACACAAAAUGUUUUUGGAUGAGUACCACAUUUUCUCUCUCUCUUUCUUUUAGACGGUUAAUUUAUUGCUCAUAUUAUCAACGAACAAAAGUGUUGAUAGUGGCAUGCAAGUAAAACUGAACACUCCUGUUUCUUCCCAAAGUUCUGUGUAACUGUUCCUCCCUACUUACUUCUGUUCUUCAGUGCCCCCUUGUAUCAACCAUCUUGAAUUCUUGGACUUUAAUGCAUUAAAGUAUUCCCUACUACAAGGUAUUCCCUUGGGUCAAUCACCCCCUCCCCUCAUUAAAACAUUAUUCUUCUUUUCUGUACUAAAUGAGCCCCUUCAGUUAUCUCAAGUGGCUAUUAGGGUAGUGAAAUGAAUUUGGGUGAGUCACCUACAUGGCAGACAGUGGCAUCUGGCAUUUAACUUAAAAAUAAUGAUCUGUUAGUAACAGCAUUAUGUCUACAGGUUAAGAUACAUUGUAAUUACUGUUUUAUUGAACUUAUUGCUUUAACAUGAUAUCCUUGAAAUGCCUUAUAUCUGGUGAUUCCCCUUGAAGUACUGUAAUUGCGUUAUAUCUGGCUGAUCAUCCCUUUCACCCAUCAGUAUCACAAAACUUGUUAUACAAUCAAAAUCUUUCAUAGCUGUCCUCUUGUAAUAUUAGAAACAGAAAUCAGUUGGGAUGCACCCAUAAACAACUCCUCAGAAACACCUGUUCUUUUCUGGUUGCCGUAGCAUAUGUUUAGUAGUAUAAGAAUUCAUGUGAUACUGCUUUGUCUGAUUAGAAUCUGUUACUGAACUAUGAACAUAAACAACAUCAGAUUUCUCAGUUUAGGAAGGUUUCUUGUACAUACCCCCUCUCCUCUCAAACUACAUAUAACUCGCAUAAUUUUCCUGUAUCAUACACGAGGCUGGAGUAACCACAUGCAACUACAGAUUUGCUGGAUGCUUUAUUUUAAAGCAAUUGUAGCACUGAGAUAGGAUUAAUAAGAUUUGUAAUGUUUUAGGAAAAAGACAGUUAAAAAUUACCAUACCUACACCUACAUAUCCAUUUACAUCUGAUAAAGAUAUUAGAUGAGUUUAAGUUCAGCCACGUUUUUGUGUUUGUUUUUUUUUUGUUUGUUUUGUUCUUUAAAGCAGCAUAUAGUACUCAUGUCACACUGUAUGAACAGAUGAAAACUACUUGUAACGAAAAAAAUUUUGUUCUGCUAAUGUUCCCAUCACAGAACUGGGGUGAUAGGAUAGCAAAGUGUUGCAAGCACACAGUCACUUGUUUUGCAGAAACAAUUUGUUUGGAGGAGUUAAGCGGAAGGAGGCUGAUAUAAUAAAAUGAGUUUUGUUUGGAGACUACAAAUGACACUAAAUUUUCUUCACCAUUUUUCAUUAUCACUUGUCAAGCAAACACAUUCUCAAAAUACACAUCUAUACUUAAAAUCAAAAAAAGGCAGGAAUGACCUCAAAGACAAAGGCAAAAGGAAGUUAUUUGUAAGCUUAAGUAACCUUUCUGUGAGUCUCAGAUUUUGAUUUCUAAGAACUAAUGCUUUAUGUCCGUGAUCAUGAAAAUCAUAGACUUGACCUUACAACAGUUUACAUUAUUAGGGCUAUAAAAGUCUCAAGAAACUGUAACACCCUGUCUUGCCUUCUGUUAAUAGAUCUAGUAAAAACAAAGGGAAAUGCCCAGCAAGUCUCAAUGCCAAGUGGGGACUGGUAGAGUUUAUCAUGUAAAUCUUUAAAUAGACUGAGGGGGAACAAAAAAGAGUUGUGAUGUUAAGGCCUGUUGCAGUGUUUUAAAUACCCUGUAGGCAAGCAAUGAGGGUUGUGACAUUAAGUGCAGUGUUAAGAUGAAUCAAAAACUCUUGGUUGGGAUAGUGAUAUGUAUUAUUUGAUGGAUGUUUCUUUCUGGAGACAAGUGGAAGAAAAUCAUUGUUACAGAUAAGAUAGUGGUAAGGGAAGAAUGACAUUUUAUCAAAGAUCACGUUGUUUAUUUAACAUUAAAUGAAUAUUACGUGAACGCAAUUCCCCGAAGAUGCUUUGUUUGUUUGUUUGUUUAUUUAGCUAUCACUGUAUUUUAUUUUAUUUUUAAAUUGCAAGUUUAUAAUUGUCCAGAUACACAGAGACUGCUGCUAAGGGGUAGAACUGCCACAUCCAGCAAGAUAUAGAUAGGCAGUGCCUCAGGAUAAGUGGUACAUUUUCCAACGGUACAGUUGCUUUGAAGACAUAUUAAUAAUCUGAAAGAUUUGUGCAUGGCGGCAGUGGUAAGCACUGCUAUUUCUGUUUGUCUAAAGACAGAUCAGCAAAUUGACAACAAAAAAUAGUAAAAAAAUAGGAAAUCUGCUUAGAUAGAAAGCAAAUAACGAAGCUUCAGGUGACAGAAAAAAGGGGAACAGAAUUGCAUCGGUGGUCUUGGCCCAGGCAAAUAAAACCAUAAAUCAGAAUGGUUUGAAAAGAACAGAUAUCCUGAUGGUCUUUGAAAAUAAUAGAUAGCCUGAUGGUCUGGGAAUCAUUUCACUGACAGAAUUUUUUUCCUGCACUCUAAAAAGAGAGAGGCUUGUUUGGACACUUCUUAAUAUGAACGGUCCUCCAUUGGAACAUUUCUGUUGCAUCAAGUAAAACGCUUUUAAUUGCUUGCAUACAGACUUCCGACGAAGAGGAGUUCUGCAUCCAGAUUAAAGUCUCAGUUCACCAGCUGGAUAGCUAUUUUGCCAAGAACAGGUCGACUGACUUUUUCUUGCUACUUCUUUGGUUAUAAAAUAGGGUGGUAUUUGGAUUUAAGACUUAAUUACAUCUCCAAAUCUGUGUGAACGGUGCUAUUUAAUGAAAGAAACAAAAUCCUGCAAAUCAUUCCUUAACUUCUGAAAAGACAAGAUCUUCAAAUCAUAAAAAAUAGUUGGACAGUAGUAAUAACUGAGAUAGACAUGUAUUCAAUGGGUAGUUGAAAAGACCAGCUUGGAAUUGUUGCUUGGCAGGAAUCUCAUACAUUACUGACUUUAACAACAUAGCUGGAAGUCUCUCUCUCAAUCUCUCUCUGAAUUAAUGUAAAGUGGACAGCCUUUCUGUUAGCACAUGCUUGUGAAGUGAGGUUGGGUGAUGAGAUAUCUGAAUGGUCUGCAGUAUCUUAUAAUCUAAAUUAGCCAUGUUACUAUGUUUGUGUUUGGUUUAUGUCUGACUUGAACUGCUUCUGCUACAAUGGUCUAUAGGUAUACUGUCAUUUCUAAUCUUAUUGGUUGUCAUGCAAGUUGGCUGCAGUACAGGUCAACCUCAAAAACAAUGACAUUUGUUACUGUAGCACUGCUAACAAUGAAAUGUAUUUAGUGAGUAUUUGAAGAUUUUAAAAUAGUUGUAUAUUCACAUCAUUAUUAAGGCAUUAGGACUGAUACUAUGGAUUUGUGAAUGUUGUGGUUGUACUAUAGCUCUACAUAAUGUAAUAUAGAAAAUUCAACAGGGAAUCUUGACUGGUUGAGACAUCUUACUUUUGAUUAAGUCCCAGGAAACAAUUAUAUCAAAACAAUAAUCCUGACUAAUAGAAGUUUAAUAUUACAGGUCCAGUUUUUUUUGCCCUACAGUUCACUAUAUCAUUCAAAGUAAUGUUCUUAACUGGUCAAAAAGAAAGAUGUUAUUCUUUUCUUUUACCCAUUAGUAAUAAGCAUGAUUUUAAUAUACACAAACUGGCACAUCCCAUAAUUUAGCUAUACAUUGUUUUGUGGUUUGGAAUGUUAUGAGAGACUCACUUCAGAAUGCAUUACACAUUCUUCAUUUGACAUCAUACUUUACCACACAAUACAGAUCAGGUAAAGCUUUAAAUAUGUUUGCUAUUGGUAACAUAUUUUUAUAACAUUAAUAUAAAGUUAGGAUAGGCUGAAUACAACUGCCUAGCCAUUAAUUCCUCAUGUUCUGCAUUUUCUGCUUUAGCCAAAGAGUAUCAUAUUAGGGAGAAAUAGACAGGCAGUGCUAAAAUAAUGAAAGAGUACCACAGCGGAUUAGCAGAAUAUCAUUUUAGCCUUAAAAUCUUACCACUUCAUGGAAAAUGAUGCAAACCUUUUUUUUUGCAUUAACCCUCAUGUUCCUUACAACAUUUUCUGGUGUAACAUUGCCUUUUUAAAAGAAUACCACAUAAUCAGUCAGAACGUUCACUGUCAUAUACCAACUCCUACAGUCAGCACUUCACUUAAUUUGGGCCACAAAAUAUGCAAAUUUGACUCCUACGUGGACUGUGGUGGAGUGCGUUCCGUGUUGCUUCACUGGAACAGUGUACAUAUUGUACUAUAUCUGUGGAUUUUGUUUGUAUGAAAAAAUUAUUGUUAAAGCUAGAGAGAAUUUGAGUGCAGUUUCUAAGACUGUAUUCAGGAUCAGACUGGAAUAGACAGCCUCUGAUCAAAAACUGAUACAUGGGCCAACCCUGAAAUUCAUUAAAGAAAGCCCCAGGAUGAUAUCUUGCUUUAUUGUUCUUCAUAAAUUAAUGUAGUAGGCAUCUUUUUACAUGCUUAACCUUCAGUGCGCAGGGGAUACUUUUUAUUUGAAAUUAUAUAAAAAGGCCGAGAUUUUUAGAAGGUAUGGAAAUAUGCCUAACCAAAAGUGGUCCACCUUGAAGUGUUGUGUAUUUUUAAAGCAGUUUGGCAUUGACUACCACCUUAUGUUUUCAGUACUUUAUUGUAUAGAGAGACAGUUCUCUUGCUGAAUUUUUUUUUUAAUUUUCUGCCAAGUUUCCUGAUCAUGUCUAGACAUGAGGCAUCUCAGUUUAGCCUUUCAUGCUCAGAAUCCGGCCACCUUAACCCUUUCCUCCAUUCAGGAAGCUAGCAUCCAUAAACAGUUUACAAAAACAUCCUAUAGUUACAGGUGUGCUAUAAAAUCAAUCAGAAUUACUUUCUCUUUUUGACAAUAUCUGCAUUUCAGGUUUAACAAUGAAUUCAACUGCAGCUAAAGUGCUAUGCAAUGAAACCAUGGAGCUUGUGCUACUGUCUUCUUUUUGACUGUCAUAUUUUUUUCUGCUACCUGAUCAUAUCUUUAUCCAUGACUGAGGAAUAGCAGUGUUGAUGAGAAUGUUAACAUUCCUAUCUGCUGACAGAGAUGCUUUAAGGUGAAGGUAUUUAUUUGCACCAGGUAAGCUAUACCCCCAGGAAGCACAACAGAUCAUUGCCAGGGAAUAGUCUUUUGACAACAUCCAAGCUGUGAAAUCCAAAGUCAAUUUGGCUUUAUGGAAAUCAGAUCUGUGUGGCUGCUAUGAUCUUUAGUUAUCUGUUAUGGACUGUAUUUUUGUGCAUUGCCAAGGUACAGCUGAACAAUUUCUUUUCCAUGGCAGAGAUUUUUAAAAAUAGUCAAAGGCUAGGCAUCACAUAUAAAUGUCCUUAAGCCAUACCUUUGUUUUCUAUCUGUGCAGAGUCUUUAACAUCAGUGUUGCUAGACUGAUGCUUUCUUGAAGGCUGCAUGGAAUUAAUUUAUAGGCAAGUACUAGGCUGUCAGUAUGCAGACUAUUACAAGCAUAGCUAGUAACCAGAGGUCAGAAUCAAACCCUAUAUCUUGAAUCUGUGAGGUAAAGACCUUAACUAUUAAGCCAGUUCCGCACCCUAAUUUGUUGUUGUUGCCUGUUUCAUUUAUUUUGAAAUAGAAAAUUAAAUAUCUCAAUUUAUAGGAAUGGUUGAGUCAGUGGUUGAACUGGAGCUGGACUCUAUAAUAUGAUUUCAUAAACUAUUCUAAGAUUUUGGCAUAAAUAAUAAGUCUUUUCAGUUUAUGAUACUUUUAAUGUUUUCAGAUUGUGCUUCAGAAUCAGACCUUUUUAAAGUAUGUUUUAAUUCUACUGAAAUGUUUUUGGGCAUAAUCUACCCCAGUUGAUAUUUAAUUGUUCAGGUUUUAUUAAUUAAAUCUGCAGGAUCUGCUUUGUAAUAUGCAGAGCAAGAGUUCAGUGAUGCUAUAAUGCACAUUUAAAAUAUGUGACAUGGUAGACAGCUAUGAUGGCCUCUAACAUAUGGAAGAACACUGCUGUCUCUAGAGGGAAAGUGGCUCUGGAUGAAAAGUGCUCAUUUACAGUGGAUGUAGUCCCAGCUGUUAAUCAAGGAAUGGCAUUUACAUCAAUUGAAAAUUCAGCUAAUCUCUUUCAUUUCCAUAGGACUUCUAAUCUUAUGCGGCACUGGGUUGGGGACAAGAGCAGUACAUGGGAGAUGAAGUUGCAUAAGAGAACACAAAGCCACCAUGGUGAUUAUUUUGCCCCACUGCUCAGCAAUUAGAGCAUGAUGAUGGCAUUAGAAUCACUGUGCUCUGUGUUUAGUAACAGCAAACCAAUAUGGCAUGGAAACUGAAUGGUAAAACUCAUCUUGUGUUUAUAGCCACAUGUGUUCAUAGCCUGAAGGUGAAUGUGUGAGUGGAAUGGGGUGGGUGUAAGAUUUGAAAUGAGAGCACAGAUCUAGCUGCUUUAACAAUUCUCAAUCCAUGAAUUCAUCAAUUGAGUGAAAUAGCCCAACAAUCAGUUGCUUGUUUCUCAAAACAAUGUGGGUGGCUGGAUACAUCUGUCUGCAGCAUUGUUUAAUCUGUUGUGAAAUACAAAUCAUCAGUUUCUAGCAAACUUAUAGCAUGUACUUAAAAAUACUCCCCUAUUCAGCCAUUCAUGAAAACUGGUCUAGAUGAAAUAGAUAAACCUCAUCUAUUACCCUGAAUGCUGCUGACCGCUAUGCCAUAUAAGUUUUCUUUAUCUACCAAUAUUUCCUUUCUGGCAACCAGAUGAAUAUCAUGGUAGCAGUCCUUGUCAAGGAGUAAUACAGAGGUGAAGCAGUAGAAAUGUAUUUGAUGGUACCUCAGUGAAUGGAGUAAGCCUCAUAUCCACAAAGAAAAUGCUGUUCAUCAUCAAGCAGACAGCAGUAAAUGUGAUGCUAAUUUGUGGGUCACUUACAGAAACCUGUGUGUGGGCAUGCGGAUUGUAAGGAUAGUGUUUUUACUAGCCUGGUGUUUCAUCUCUGCUGUAGCCUGCAACACUUCCUGCACUAUUAGCUACAGUUAAAUAUUCAACUCAUCAUUAGCAAUUGUUUCUUCAUUUAGAAACACAUUUACACAUGCCUUGUUCUAAAUUAAAUGUGACUAAUAUACCAUCAAUCACAUUCGCCAAAUUAAUAAUUCACUGUUCUGGUUAUACUAAUUUCCUCUUUGCACAGUUAUGCCUUCUACUUAACUGCUAGACUGCUACAUCUCUUUGCAUUUCUACAUCUUGCAAGUCUUCUGUCUGCUGUUACUUCCUUUACAGUACUGUCAGCAUUUCAUUUUGUUCAUAUUGUACUGCUGUAUCAAGCAUUCCUGCUAUUUAACCAAAUAAAAUGAGCACACUAAAAGCAGCUAAGCAAAAAAAGGAGUUAGCCCUGAGUUUUUGAAUGCACUGAAUAAUAAUGGCUAUCUGACCCCCGUGGGUACAUUUUAUUUUUACACUGCGGAAAUUUAAUGAAAGUAAUGCAUAAUCAUAAUAAUAUUUAUUUUUAAAUAAAUGUGAGUAGCUGAUUCACAGUAGUAUGGGCAAUGCUGCCUGCUUACUUCUUUGUCCUGCUUCUGUGAAACACAUUAGCCCGGAUUCAUAAAGGUGGCCACGAAGAGUGCACUAUUUGUACACUUAGUGUAUGCUUUCUGAGUGAAUAAACAGCACAAGCAUUGUGUGGUACGACUGUUCUUGAAUUGAGAAAAUGCAUACAAAGUGUUUACAUAGUACACACUUUAUGGUAAGAAUCUGUCCUGUUAUCUAUUCCUCAGCCUUGAACCAGCACUGACCUGAACUGAAACAUUCAAAGGUCUUAACUGCCUUGGACCUAUUAUGCACAUUGUUGAAUGUAUGUGGGGGGGGGGGGGGAUCCCUACAGCUCUUUUUAAAUGUUUGGCUCCCAAAUGCCUGCAGCUGAAGUACUGUCCUGCAAUCCAGUGGCUGACUGCCCUAUGCAGUUUAAUGUAUUCACACUGGGACUUACAUAGAUAUAGUACAUAAAUUUGUAUGUUGCUGUGUAAUGAGUCUACAGUGAAAAACACAACAAACAUGUACACCAGGGAUUAUCACACAUACAUUCUCUUGCAUGGUGAGGUAAAUUGAUUAGCUUGGCUAACCACUACUUUCACUUAAUGUUGCUGUAUAUCUUGGCUUCAGUUCCUUCAGUUCAUCCGGUUAAUACAUGGCCCAGAUGGCAGAAUCUCCUGUAAAGUGUUGAACCUUUUGUUUGAUAUUAUAUUCUAAUAAUGUAAACUGAGCUGGGGCACUAAUAUGAAAAAGGCAAAAAAAUUAAAAAAAAACACUUCAUGUCAAAAACUGAGAUGUGUAAAGCUGCCUAAUGCCAUAAACGUCUAUGCUAAUAUAUUAUAAUACUGUUGCUAUCUUGUAUGUUGAAUUUGUUAACACACAUUGGACGUGAAAAAUAAAGAUGGGUACCACAAACA